AUAGUUCUCACAUAAUGUCGUUUAUAUUCAUGAACACAUCACGUUGUUAGAUCAUAUAUGGACAAAUGGCACGCAUUUGACUCAAUACUGAAACAAGUAUAUAUAUAACUCUGUGACUCGAGAGGGAGAGAGGCCGUCUUGUUCAUCCCUCUUCUCUCCGUCUUUCUCUGUGAAUCAAAAUGAUGCGGAGCGUCGACGUCCACGUUAAAACCCUAGGCCCUUCCGUCCGUACAGCUCUCUUCUCGAUCUUGACUUCUAAGCAGAAAUCGCCGUCGCUUUCACUUCCACUGCACUUCUCGUCGCGGGCGUCCUCACAUACUAUCUCUCGUUAUUUCUCCAAUUUCCUAGCGGUCUCCAGUUCUCCGAUUCAUGGUUUUCGAGAGAGCCGUAAAUUCGGAUCUCUCUUCACUGUUAGGGCUUUUUCUUCGUCCCCCGCCGUUUCGCUUCAGCCGCAGCCGCAGCAGCAGCAGCAUCAGCAUCCAGUGGAGUGUGGUGAGACGGUCCCGUCUUUGUCGGUUGGUGAUGGGAAUUCCGGCGGCUUGGAGGUUGGUGAUGGCAAUUCUGGCGGCUUGAAGGAGGAAGCCAAGCUUUCUCUUCCUGUACGAGCUUAUUUCUUCUCCACCAGCGUUGAUUUGAGGAGCUUAGUUGAGCAAAACAAGCAGAACUUCAUCCCACCCACUUCGCGUAUGACUAACUAUGUUGUUCUCAAGUUCGGCAAUCAUUUUGAUCCCACCGGUACUGGUGGUUGCAUAAGUGGGAGUGAGUGCAUUUACAUGGUAGUAUUCCAGUAUGGAUCGAUUGUGUUAUUUAAUGUGCGGGAACACGAGGUUGAUGAUUAUCUCAAAGUGGUGGAGAGGCAUGCUUCUGGUUUGCUUCCUGAAAUGAGAAAAGACGAAUAUGAAGUAAGGGAGAAUCCCACUCUGAACACCUGGAUGCAAGGGGGAUUGGAUUACAUCAUGUUGCAGUUCUUGAACAUUGAUGGCAUCAGAACCAUAGGAAGUGUUCUUGGCCAGAGCAUUGCACUGGAUUACUAUGGCCGGCAGGUUGAUGGUAUGGUAGCAGAAUUUACUGACAUAAACCGUGGGAUGGAGAAAACUGGAACGUUUACAAUGGAUAGGAAGAAGCUGUUCCAGUUGGUUGGAAAGGCUAAUUCUAAUCUGGCUGAUGUGAUUCUCAAGCUUGGUCUUUUUGAGAGGUCAGAUAUAGCUUGGAAGGAUGCGAAAUAUGCUCAGAUAUGGGAGUAUCUGAGGGAUGAAUUUGAACUGACACAGAGAUUUGCAAGCCUUGAUUUUAAGCUCAAGUUUGUAGAGCACAACAUUCGUUUCCUUCAGGAAAUACUUCAGAACAGGAAGUCAGAUUUUCUGGAGUGGCUAAUCAUUAUCCUGAUCAGUGCUGAAAUCGCGAUUUCACUGUACGAUCUGGUCCGGAGAUCGUUAUGAUCAUCCUCUACCAUUUUUUAAAGCAUAUUCUUCAUCGUGGUUACAAGGAAACACCCUCGUUUUUUUUUACGUUUUUUUUUGUUUUUGGAUAAGAAAAAAACACUCGUUUUCACGCUGUAAAGUGGAUAACAAAGCCCAUAAAUCUUAGUUUCAGGAAUGAGCCAAAUCUUGGCUGCUUCUCUGCAGUCCAACAAAAGAAGUUAUGCAUAUCGAAAUCAUAAAGUUAGUUUUGUUUUCAUG